UUCAUGAUUUCCUCCAGCAUUUUGGAAUGAUUUAUUUUCUUUCUGUCUUAAUCUUCAUCCCGUGAUCUUCUGCAAAAUGUCGGACAGAACAAUGGCGCGGCAAGUACUGCUGUUUAUUUGGUUUCUCUCUCUCAGUCCAGCUCUCGGGCAGGUCAGUUACUCCAUUCCUGAAGAAAUGGCGAAAGGCUCUUUAGUCGGGAACAUAGCGCAGGAUUUGGGUUUAGAUUUAAAGAGACUGAAAUCGGGUAAAGCGCGUAUUUAUACAGGAGACAGCGCUGAAUACAUCGAGCUGAAUAAAGAAAGAGGAGUCCUCCUUAUCAAAGAGAGAAUAGACCGAGAGGCGCUAUGCGGACAGACAACGCCUUGCGCGCUGCAUUUACAGAUUAUUCUGGAAAACCCGAUGCAGUUGUACCGCGUUACAGUUGAGGUCACAGAUAUAAAUGACAAUGCGCCGAUGUUUAGUAAGAGUGAGGUGAGAUUUGAAAUAAACGAAUUGUCUUCAGCAGGAGCCAGAUUUCUAUUGGACAGGGCUAUUGAUCAUGACGUUGGUCGAAAUGGUCUGCAGAGUUAUUCUUUAGAACCAACAGAUAAUUUUGUUUUGAAAUUUCAGAAUCUCCCUGAUGGAAAUAAAGCCGUAGAAAUGGUUCUUCAAACACCCAUAGACCGAGAGAAACAAGACCAUAUCUCGUUACUUUUAACAGCAUUUGAUGGAGGCGAGCCCCAGAUGUCCGGUACAAUGAAGAUACUCAUUACUGUUUUAGAUGCUAAUGAUAACGCCCCUGUGUGUUCACAAUCCGUGUACAAAACCAGCAUAGCUGAAAACUCACCAAAAGGCACCGUUUUAACAACAGUUGGUGCUUCUGAUGCUGAUCAGGGUUCGAAUGGUAGAAUAUCGUUCUCUAUUUCAAGUACGGCCGACAAAGCGGCAGAUAUUUUUGAAAUAGACCCCGAUGUUGGUGUUGUAAAGCUCACUGGGGGUCUAGAUUAUGAAAUGAGUAAGUAUUAUCAAAUUGAUGUUCAAGCACGAGAUGACGGUGGUCAUACGGAUUCAUGUAAGAUAAUUGUUGACGUUAUUGAUAUAAACGAUAACAAUCCAACUAUUAAUAUUAUUUCAAAAUCAAGCCAGAUAUCAGAGGAUUCCAAAUCUGGCACUGUUCUUGCAAUAUUAAACAUUCAAGACGUAGACUCGAAUGAAGGAGGUAGAGUUAAUUGUCUCUUAAAUGACAAUGUUCCAUUUGUCAUUCAGUCAUCGCCCGAUGGUUUUUAUAGUCUAGUGACAGACAGUGAUUUAGAUCGAGAGCGAGAGUCUGAGUAUAACAUCAGUGUGACGUGCGCUGAUGAGGGCGUGCCCUCUCUCUCCAGCAGCGUCACUCUCUCUUUACAGAUAUCAGAUGUUAAUGAUAACGCACCCGUCUUUGAGAAGAGCUCAUAUGAGGCCUCUGUUCAAGAAAACAACACACCGGGUCUUUCCAUAUUCACAGUCAGAGCCAGAGACGCAGAUUUUCACCAGAAUGCCCGUGUGUCUUACAUACUGGAGGACUCGUCGGUUAACGGAGUGCCCGUCUCCUCGUUAGUGUCCGUUAGUGCUGAUAGUGGAGUCAUACAUGCAGUGCGAUCUUUCGAUUACGAGCAGAUCAAAGAUUUCCAGUUCCGCGUAAAAGCGCAGGACGGAGGCUCUCCUCCUCUCAGCAGCAACGCGAGCGUCAAAAUAAUCAUUCAGGACCAGAAUGACAACGCGCCUCAAGUUCUGUACCCGGUCCAGUCAGGUGUUUCUGUGGUGGCUGAAAUAGUGCCUCGUUCGGCAGAUGUGGGUUAUCUGGUGACUAAAGUGGUGGCUGUUGAUGUGGACUCUGGUCAGAACGCCUGGCUCUCAUAUAAACUGCAGAAAGCCACAGACAGGGCGCUGUUUGAAGUGGGCUUACAGAAUGGAGAAAUAAGAACUGUACGCCAAGUGACAGAUAAAGAUGCUGUCAAACAAAGACUCACUGUUGUAGUGGAGGACAACGGGCAGCCCUCUCGAUCAGCUACAGUCAAUGUUAACGUGGCGGUGGCGGACAGCUUCCCUGAAGUGCUCUCGGAGUUCACUGACUUUACCCACGACAAGGAAUACAACGACAACCUGACUUUCUAUCUAGUCUUGGCCUUGGCUGUGGUUUCAUUUCUCUUUAUCGUGUCUAUCAUUGCCAUACUGUCAGUCAAAUGCUACAGAUGGAGACGCGAGCGGAUGUUUUAUAAAUCUGGAGCGAAUCUUCCAGUUAUUCCGUAUUAUCCGCCUCUUUACGCAGACGUAGGCGGCACAGGAACUUUACAGCACGUGUACAAUUAUGAGGUUUGCAGAACCACUGACUCCAGAAAGAGUGAUCUGAAAUACGUCAGACCUUGCAGUGAGAGCAUCAUUAGUCUGGACACCAGUGGAACACAGACACUCACGCAUGCGGAAAGGGGGAGACUGAACUUUGAUGAAUGUGAUGAUCAGGUGAGAAUAAUUGUAAAUUGGUCGUUAUUUUUUCAUAAUUGA